GCUGGGCCGUCCCACCCCCAGUGCGGCAGCGAGGUUCGGGUGCUCGGAGCAAGAGGGGGUCGGAGGAACCGGGAGCGGAGAUCCGAGGGGUGAAGAAAUUCUCGGUGGUCCCACGCUCAGCCCCAUCGGACUCAACAUCCCCCCACCAUGAAAGCCAUCAGCCCGGUGCGGUCGGUCAGGAGCUGUUACGAGGCCGUUUGCUGCCUCUCGGAGCAAAGUUUGGCCAUCGCUCGCAGCAGCAACAACAAGAGCCCGGCGUUGGAGGAACCCAUGAAUCUGCUGUACGAUAUGAACGACUGCUACUCCAAAUUGAGGGAGUUGGUGCCGGGCAUCCCGCAGGGCACCAAGCUGAGCCAGGUGGAAAUCCUCCAGCACGUCAUCGAUUAUAUCUUCGACCUGCAGAUCGUGCUGGAAGAAGGGGCCAAGGGGCGAGACCACUCCUCGGAGGCCACCCUGCUGUCCCUGAAGGCAGCCGAGCUGGCCUCCGAGCUGUGCUCCAAAGACGAGAGAAGUUUGUGUCACUAACGCCUCCUCCAUCAGUGCCAAUUAGCAAACACGCACCGACUGUCGGUUCCCGGAGGUAACGAGCCGCUUCCUGCACGGCGCCGGGGCGGCUGCGGCCCCCCAUCCCCACCUUUUCCCCCCCCCCCUCCCCCGGCCCCCCGCUUCGUGCUGUGCUAUGGGGCUGCGGACCCCCCCGUGCUGUGCUAUGGGGCUGCACCCACCUCCCCUCACCUCGGGGGUGCCUUCAAUACCCGACAAUAUCCAGAAAUCGGGAGAGAUGCGGCUGCUGAACCCCAACCGGAGCGACUUCAUGGAGCGGCGCUCCCCAAAAAUCCCAGCUUUCUUUUAGGACUUUUUUCCCCCCCCCACCCCCCUCCCGUUUUCUUUAGGACUUUUAUUAUUAUUUUUCGUUUUCCAACCCGCUGAUAAAAACGAGACACUUUCUUCGAUAGACUGGUGAAGAUGCGGUUGUCUGUAUAUUUUUGGAUUAUAGUGAAGCGAGUCCUUUGUAAAGGUGUUUAAUGGGGGGUGGGGGGGGGAGGGGGUGGCUAUGGGAGGGGGGGGUCGAGGGCGGUUUUUGUGGGGAGGGGUCCUCAGACGCGAACCAAACUCUGGGGCCCACGGCCUCGUGUAUUGUGGAGCUCUAUACUAGAGUAUAACGUUUGUACCUUUUGUGCAGGAAGGUGAAUUUCUGCGGACAUGCCUUGUACUUGCUUUAUAAACUUUUUAUAAAAGUUACCGUUUUUAUGUAAUAAA